UCAACCUCGAGGGGUCUGAAUUAGACUCUUCUCGCCCCCACGUGUGCCCAUCUGUCUGACAUUUCUCUGCAGUGACCCCUUUCUUGCUGCUUGUCUUUCAUCCUUGGUUUCAACGUCACUAGACACUCCUUUACACACCCUUAAUCGCUCGUUUCUACCCCCUUGUUGCCUCUUGCUACGGUCGCUCAUCAGCAAACACACGCCUCGUAGAGUUUCGUCCACCUGAGCGCCAUACGGAAGUCAUCCAUGCCGUGCAGAAGGAGGAGCAUCGACAGUCACCUCGUCCCUGGAUAGAAAGCAUCAAUCGGCAUCAUGGGCGACUCGCAUGAGCCCUCACCACGACAUGACGUAAAACCCAUGGAGAAGCUGCAAGAAACCGUCUUCAACGGCGGCAAAAAGCGCUUGCCGCCAUUUCUCGACCAUUUCAACGCGCGCGACCUCAAGAUCCUUUUCCGGUGCUGGGUCGCGGCCUGGGUGGCCUGUCUCUUGUUUCUGAUCAACCCCUCGCUGUCGAGUCUGGGGACUGCUACUUUCUUCGCUUGUCUGGUUCUGUUGAUGCUACCACCGAGUAGCGUGGUUUUCAUCUAUCUCCUCGGAUCGUUAUCCCUCUACUUGGGCGUAUGUCUCGCCUGGGCAUGGGGCGUCAUCACCAUGAAGGCUGCCUACGCGGCCAGGCCCGCAGCGGAUACGCAGGCGCAAUUGUUGGCUCUGGAGCAGACUGCGGCCCAACAAGCCAAUGCGACCGGGCAGCCGGUCGCCAGUUUGGCGCAGGUGCUGGUCUACGAAGGCCAUAUGCUAGACGCGCGAGUCACAGCCGUCACGUACUGUCUCGUCUGCACAUUCAUCUAUUUCAUGGCGCGUCUUCGGGCCAGCAACCCUAAGGCCACUUUCACCGCGAUCUUUGGCAUCAUCAUCGCCGACCUCUUCCUCAUCUUCAUUCCACUUCUGCCCUCCUUCAACGGCACUCUCCCUCUUACCCUUGCGAAACCGGCUGGGGUCGGGAUCGGACUGGGGUUCGCCUGCUCGGUGCUGUUCUUCCCGCAGUCGACGUCGCGGAUCAUUCUCAACAGCAUGGAGGAUAUCAUCGAGCUGCUUACCCAUCCGCUGGCGUUCACCAUGGCGACUCUCGGGAAAAGGGACCCAGACCUGGACAUGGCGCAGUUGCGCAAGACACAGGUCGGCAUCAUCGGUGAGUAUCGAAAGAUGGAGCCCGCUCUGGCCUUCUUGCCGCUGGAUUUCUCCAUCGGGUGUUGGGGAGCGCAGCAUGUCGGGACGCUCAAGGAGCCUGUUCGACAGGCCGUCAGCGCCAUCCUCUCCUUGCUCGAGUUCCACAUGAACCGCGUCUCAGGGAAGGCUCGCGCGAAGGAAGUUCUGCUAAAGUAUGUGGACCAGAUCGCAUUGGAGGAUGAGAAGGAGGUCAGGUCUGGGCGUGAGGUCGGACGACACCAGCUACAGCAAACGGCGCGUCUGCUGGAUGGACUGCGCAACGCCGACACUGAGCCCAUUCCAGAGGAAGCCCUCCAGGCGUUUGUCCGCACAGCCUCAAAGGCCAUUGAAGCAUGUGUGGCAGCGCUCGCUGCAGCAAAGGAUUGCAUUCACAUGGCGAAUGGCCCCCUGUUGUAUCGGCGCCCUUCAUCUGCGGCACGGGAGGAGCUGUGUGAGCGGAGCCGCAGAGCGCUGGAAGACCUUCGGGCGAUGCGCCAAAUCUUCAUUCAAGACACCACGGACUCGCUGGUCAGCUGCUAUGGACCGCUCUUGGAGGGUAAAUCGGGCGAAGAUGGUGACCGUCAUGCGAAGAACUUUGGAGGCAUCGUGGUGGGCAUGGUCUUCGAGGAGCUCAUGGCCAAUGCAAUGAGCAAAACAGAAGACGUGCUCGCCCAAGUGCUGGACGUCUUCCAGAGUUCCCAGCGCACACGGGUGUGGUGGCCCCUUAGCCUCAAAGCGUUUGUGUCCUGGGUGUCGGGCAAGGGCAACAAGGCCCCCGCGAUGGCUCCCGUCGCGGAUGACGAUCCGGAGGAACAGUUGGAUGCGACGAAAUCGGUGCAAGAAAGGCUUCGACUGAGUCGCGGAUACCGCGUCAAGCGCCGCGGUCUUCUCAGUCGCAUCAUCCUGGGAACGUACCACUGGUUCACCUCGAAUGAAGGGCUCUACGCCCUCCGCAUGGUGGUUGUCACCAUCGCGCUCGGGAUCGUCUCAGCGCUGCCCAGCACGGCGGGCUUCUUCUACCGCGAGAAGGGCAUCUGGGCUCUGAUCAUGGCGCAGACCGGGCUCCUGCCGUACAUGGCGGACUUUAUCUUCUCGGUCAUCGCGCGUGUUCUCGGAACCAUCGUCGGCGGUGUCCUGGGCUUGCUCGCAUGGUACAUCGGUUCAGGCACGGGCCCGGGCAGCCCCUACGGACUGGCGGCCAUCAUGGCCAUCAUGCUGGUGAUCUUCCUCUGGACGCGCCUCUACCUGCCCCCCAACCUCCUCCAAGGAAGUAUCAUGGGCGGUGCCACCUUCCUGCUCGUUGUUGCCUACAGCUACGACGACACCCACGUCCCGACCUACGGCAACCCAGGAGUGGGCUACACCGUCUUCUGGCGCCGACUGUUGCUCGUGCUGAUCGGCAUCGGCGCAGGAACCAUCGUACAGCUAUUCCCGCACCCGCCCUCGGCCGCGAAGCACAUCAGCAAGACGCUGUCGGCGACUAUCCGCGCCAUAUCCGACCACUACGCGUUGCUCCUGUCGUGCUGGGGCCGCGGACAAGAGGACGGGCGCAUCCUCGCGGAGCCGAUCUCGCUGCAGAUGGCCGAGUCGCUGCUGAUGCUGGACGGGCCGAUCCAGCUGCUGCGCUACGAGUUCUCCAGCUCGCGCUUCGACAGCGCCAACAUGGACGAGGUCAAGCGGCUCUGCCACGGCCUGAACCGCAAUCUGGGCCGGCUGCUCUCGCUCUCCGCCUCGCUGCCCCGCCAAUACCAGGACCGCCUCGCCCGGCUGACCGGCCUCCUCGACCACCGCUGCAUCGGCGAGAUCAUGGCCGUGCUCAGCGUCUGCGAACAGGCCCUCAAGACCGGCGACGCCCCGCCCGAGCUCCUCCCCACCCCCCUGGUCCAGCGCUCCAUGGAGUACUGGCACACCCACGCCAUGGACAUCCUCCUCGCCCCGGACAUGCUGCGCGACGAGCACUACCGCCGCUACUGCGUCGGCCUGAGCGCAUACGUCAGGUUCCUCAGUAUCGUCGACGAGCUCGUCCUGGUCAUCAAGGGGGUUCUCGGCGAGUCGCACUUGGUUGCGUGGGAGGAGGCUGGGGUGUGAUGUAUGCAAGUUGUUGUAAUGUAUUUAAUCUACACUAGGUUAUAAGUAGAGUAAGGGUGUUCCGAAC